CGUAUCAGGCGGUCUUUGGCCCCCGGAGAGGCGCCGGGAGAAUAGGGAGGGAUUGCCUCUGUCAUGUCAGAGGGAGGCUUGCCUUCGCCGGACAUUCUUUUUUACUUAAAUUAAUUACCUUAUUUAUGGAGUCUCACAAAGGGUGAUGCUGGGUGUGGAUGGGCCAACCUUGUUAAAGUUGUUCAUGGGUUUGAGGAGGAUUUCCCCGCCCAAAGCCUCGCAACGACUUGGCAUCUUGAGUUCGGCUGCCCAUUGAGCCCUGUUUCCCUCCCUCGCACCCCCUCGGCUACCUACCGAUAGUUUUAUUGGAAGAAUACGAAGGUGGGGGGAUCAUCGCUCGCCCAGCUUGCGAACAAAUACCGCCAGAGACGCCAGCCACUAAUCGUUGGCGAAAACAGUUUCGUUGAAUGUUCCUCUCCACAAUGUCUCGUCUCUUGGGCCUGCACUAGCACUGCCCCACGGGGAUUCAUAUGUCUGAUGCUCUCCCGGCAGCCACUGAGGAAGCUCAAACCUGGGGAAUCCCUGACUAGAGUACAGAGUACGAGAGAAUGAUUUUCGAUGAAUAGUUCCAAAAUUCCGGGGAUAUGGAAGGCAAAGCAGGCUCAGCCCAUUUCCAUCGAAUUCACAACAUAAGCUGUCAAACCUCAGUGGUAUAUAGAGGUGCUCAAGUCUCUGAACUCCAUUCAGAUGAUGCUAUGAAUCAAACCUCAGUUUAUCAGUUCAAUAUCACAGCCAUUGGCCAUGACAGAAAAACAAAUGAGGAGCGAGAUUGAGGAGGCGGACCGGACGUGGAUCGUUGAAUAUGGCCUCGAGGCUCCUCAGGAAAAAAGAGAUUCGGCCUGGCUCAAGCCCAGACACCUCUAUCUGAUUUCCCUUGGAGGUUGCAUUGGCACGGCUUAUCUGGUCGGCUCUGGACGCACCUUGGCCAGAGGAGGCCCGGCGAUGACCCUGUCUGCGUUCGUCAUUAUCUGUUCCGUCGUCUGGGUCUUUUCCACUCUGUUGCUCGAAAUCGCAGCGUAUAUCCCUCUACAUGGAGCUGCUCCGGAUUUCUACUCAACAGCUUUCCUCUCGAAAUCGUUUGGAUUUGCUUUGGGCUGGAAUUACUGGUAUGCAUACGCAAUUCUGGUUCCCUUUGAGAUAACCACGGCGACACUCAUUAUUCAGUACUGGGAUCCGCCGGUCAACGUUGCAAUAUUUAUCACCAUCCUAAUGGUAAUCAUCGUCGGAUUGAACUAUCUGCCUGUGGCUUCUUCUGGAGAAGCCGAAUUUGCCUUCUCCUCUCUCAAACUUUCCCUUCUUCUUGGCCUGAUUAUUCUGUCAAUUGUUCUGGCAUCCGGGGGAGGCCCCUCUGGCGACCGCGUCGGGUUCAGAUACUGGCAUGAUCCAGGCCCAGCGAACACUUGGAUUAUCGAGGGAAACGCGGGCCUGUUUGUGAGCUUCCUUGGCACACUUGUCAGCGUUAUUCUCCCUCUUUCCUUUGCCGUCGAGAUGGUAGCUACCACCGGUGGCGAAACUAGAAGCCCUCGAAAGACGAUACCCGUGGCCGCUAAGGCAUUUGUCGUUCGACUCGUCGUGUUUUACGUACUCCCUAUCCUGGCGGUUACCUUAACAUGCCCAUCCAACGCUGAGGAGCUCACUUCUGGGGGUGCUGGAGCUGGAGCUUCUCCAUUUGUUGUUGGAAUUAAGCAUGCGGGAAUUAAGGUGCUUGACCACAUCGUGAAUGCCGUCAUCUUGUGUUCCGCGUGGUCUGCCGGCAACAUUUACAUGUAUCUGGCCUCUCGCUCCAUAUACUCGCUGGCCGUGGCAGGCAAUGCCCCCCAAAUAUUCGCCAAGACAAAUCGCUGGGGCGUCCCUUAUUUCGCUGUGACGAGCUGCGCUGUGAUUGCGCUGUUGGCGUACUUGAGCGUCAGCUCUGGUGCGGGCGUGGUGUUCAACUGGUUCGUUAAUAUGAUCAACAUGGCCGCUUACUUCUCCUGGAUUCUGUGCUCGCUUUCGUAUCUUCGGUUCCGCAAGGCCCUAGAAUUCCAGGGUAUCGACCAUAAAACUUUGCCGUACGUUUCAAUUUGCGGUAAACCCGGUGCAUGGCUCUGCAUCGUGUUCUUUACCAUUGUUGGCCUCCUCAAUGGUUUCUACACAUUCUUCCCCUCUCAGUGGAAUGUCUCAGACUUCAUGACGGCGUAUGUGGGUACUUUAUUGUUUGUCGUCUUGUAUAUUGGGCACAGGUUCACUGUUGGCCGGAAGGAGCCGUGGUUUAUUCCUGUAGACGAGAUUGAUUUGACCGGGGCCAAAACUGAAGAAGAAAUUGAAGGCACACCGCCGGCGGAAAAUGGAGGCUCGACGUCAACCACUAAGGAUUAUUCGAAGUAUCCAGAUUCUUUCCCAGCUAAGAUCUGGCAGAGCCGGUCUGGGAAAAAUUGAGCAAUUUUGGUGUGAUCCUGAGAAUAUUUUUUUUUUUCGUUUCAAUGAGCACUCGUGCUUUUUUGGCUGUUUUUAGAACAGCAAGACAACCCCUAUAUGUAAUGUAAUCUUAACCAAAACGUCGCUAUUUUGCUGGCACAUUUUGAUAGAUAUUGCCAUUAAAAGCUCAAGGGUCCGUUGUUGGCAGAAUACUGCCAUCGUGACAUUUCUAUUAUUUAAGAUAUAUUCUGUUCUCCUCUGUCCAUCAAUGUCCAGGGCUCACCAACCCACUCUGCCCGGGCAUUUGUAUGUUCUC